AAUGUUUCAACAAUUGUUUAGACUUCUCUGCUGUCCAAACCAUGCAUGUUACAGUAAUCUAAACCAAUCCCCAAAAAGAAGAGCCAGACAUAAUCAUCAUGAAGAAGCAAAGGAAGCAAAAAAAGAUAAUCAAAGACAGGGAUUCAGAAGACUGGUGUUUUGAGUGCAAAGAUGGUGGAAAACUAAUGAUCUGUGACUACAGGGAUUGCCUAAAAGUUUAUCAUCCAGAAUGUGUGGGAAAGGAUGAUUCAUUCAUGGAGAAUGAAGAGCCCUGGAAUUGUAAUAGGCAUUCUUGCUUAAUAUGCCAAAACACAGCAAAAUUUUAUUGUGUUUGCUGUCCAAAUGCGGUAUGUGGAUGCUGCAUUGGUGAAGUUGAGUUUGCACCUGUUAAAGGGAAGAAAGGAUUCUGUGACAACUGUUUGGAGCUUCUUCUUCUUGCUGAACAAAAUGCGGAUUAUGAUUCUGAUGGGGAAAAGGUGGAUUUCAAUGACCGAGAAACAUAUGAAUGUCUAUUUAAGGAAUAUUGGGAUAUAAUAAAAGGAAGAGAAGGCUUGACUGUCGACAAUGUGUAUUCUGCAGAUGCCCAGUUAAAGAAGAGAGGACGCUGCUCCGAUUCAGUUAGAAUAGGCAAGGCCAAAGAAUGUAAAAAACUGAAAAUCUCUGAGAAGGCAUUAGGAAAAAAGAAGGUGUCUAAAGCAAUAGAAUUUAUAGGAUGGGGAUCAAGCCCUCUCAUUAAGUUCCUCACAUCCAUUGGUAAAGAUACAACCAAACAAUUAUCACAAUAUGAUGUGGAGUCUAUCAUCUCUGGAUAUAUUCAAGAGAAAAACCUUUUUCACCCAAAAAAGAAGAGGAGGAUACUUUGUGACCCAAUGCUGUAUUCUCUCUUCAGAAGGAAAUCAGUGGAUAAGAACCAAAUAUAUAGUCUCCUGGACAUCCAUUUUGUUGCUAACUUGGAGCAAUCAGAAGACGAUGAAAGUGAGGAUGAAGAUGAAAUCAUUUUAGGAGAGAAAAAGAACGAACAUAUUACAGCAGCAUUUAAGAAACAGAAAACAUUGAGCUCAAACAGAACAUGUCAGGAAGAGGAAGUGAAUCGUACUGUGAAAGAGAGCGGUUUUGCAUCUAUGGUUGCUGAAAAUAUCAAACUUGUCUACUUAAGGAAGAGCUUGGUGGAAAGGCUACUGAAGCAGCCUGAAAGUUUUGAUUGCAAGGUAGUGGGAAGUUUUGUGAGAACAAAAACAGACCCCACAGAUUAUCAGCGACGUACGUCUCAUCAGCUCUUACAAGUUAGAGGCAUAAAGAAAAACGCAAGUGAAGUUCUACUGCAAGUCUCUAAUAUGCCAAUAGACCUUAACAUCGCUAUACUUUCUGACUGUGACUUCACUAAGGAAGAAUGUGAAGAUUUGCAACAAAUGGUUGAAAAUGGCCUCCUAAAGAAACCUACUGUUGUGGAGCUCGAACAGAAGGCAAGGAGUCUGCAUGAGGAUAUAACAAAACAUUGGAUUGAGAUGGAGCUGGUCAAAUUACAAAAAUGCAUUGAUCGGGCAAAUGAGAAGGGCUGGAGAGCAGAAUUAUUUCAAUAUUUAGACAAAAUAGAACUUCUCAAGAAACCGUCAGAACAGGAACGAUUAUUAAAUCAGGAGCCAAAGGUCAUUGCAGAGAUGGUAGAGCUCAGAUCUGAUUCUUCAGACUCCUCUGGAGAUUGAUGAACAAUAAAGUUUUUGCUGCAGUCAAUCCUCAUUGGCAAUAUCAAAACAUUCCAGCAAGUAACUAAAAAUAUGAUGGAGCUUUUCUUGCGCCUUAUUGGUCUGUACAUAAACACUGUAGGGCGCGAGAUUUGAAAACUUUGGUUGUUAGAGGUAUCAAAAAGCAACCAUCCAUUUCAUUUUGAAUGUCUGAUCCCUUUUGUUUCUGAUCAGCCAAAUGUGUAGUAGUUGAAGGUCUGUACCAUGUAAUGUAAAGAUGGAGGUGUACUUAGCUUUUCCUUACAAAACAUGUAUUAUAAAACCAAUGGAAAUUUUCAUUUGCAUAAUGUUU